AUGGCUACCGCCGAUGCCGACACGCCCUUUCGCUUCAUGGACCUUCCUGGAGAGCUCAGAAACAAAGUCUAUAAUUUGCUGCUCUGCUCGUUUGGACCCACCCCACCUCCUGCCCGGGUAAUUCCCGAGGAGCUGUUCAGCAAGGAGAACUUCCUGGUCAAGCUUGUCUUCGCUCAGCAGUGGAACGACCCUACUAUCCUUCGUGUAAACAGCCAGGUUCAUCGUGAAGCCUACGACGUCAUGGUCAAGACCAACAGAUUCGUUCGGAUCAGCUGCCCGGGUGGUCUCACUCUCAACAACCUCAUCGCUGGCCAAAAUGUCCCAGUCAUCGCGAGUGGAAAACGCGCAGCAGAGUUCAACGAACAACUUAUCGAUAUCACUAUGCCUUCCGCAGAUUCGGAGAUCUCGUACGCAGGCGUUAGUCAACCAGCAAGCGUAGUCAUCCUAGGCCGUGAACUUUCCAAGUUCUGCGGCAGCUUCGACAUGGCAAAGACCGUCGUGCCAGGGCUUGCCAAGAAUGCGACUUUCAUCAUAACUGUAGCUCCGAUGCUCGCUCAUGAACGCCCAUGGUACCAAGACGACCUGACAGAAUUCUUCUCCGAGGCUACUCAGAGGGACCUGCUCUACGCACUGACAGGCCUGCGAGACUUCAAAGACGUCGAAGUGCAUGGUGCUGUCUUACCCGAUGUCGCAACGGCCCUGAAAGAGCUGAUGAUGUCGGAAAAGUGGGAUGAUCCAUACGAAAUCAUCGAGCUUAAGAAAAAGAGCAAAGAGCGCGGUGCGCAACACUACCGCGAAGGUGGACUGAUGGAUGCGUUCUCCGCUUGGGGAACAAGCAUGCAUGAGAUCGAACGUAUGCGCGAGGGCAACUCCUGGAACAAGCUCAUCGAGGUUGGCGGCGAGCCUUGGAUCGACCAAAUGGCUGAGCUGCAGUGCUCACUUGGACUCAAUUCAGCUCUCGUCAACAUCAUGUUGUGGGGCCCCGACUCGAAGAACGCGUCUAUACCGCUGGCAGUUCGGCAGUCCCAUAGGAGAAUCGCCAUGAUCAGCCUUACAGCAUCUAUCAAGUGUGCUCAUCCAGGAUAUUGGAAAGAGGGAUAUACAUGGGUGUGCCCCCCAAUGCUCCAGGCAAAGAUCCUGUACCGCGAAGCUGUGUGCAUGCGACUUUGGGGCGAGAGAUGGGAGGCUGUCAACGCUCUGGAACUCAUCCGCGGAGCUAUGUCACUCGUACCGAACGACCCCGUCGUCCGCAAGGAGGCGGAAGCCAUCGUGAUGUGGGCACGUGGUAUGUAG